AUGCAUGUAUUACUUACCAAUGAUGAUGGACCUUUGAAUGAUAAAGUAUGUCCAUAUUUUAAAUACUUAGUUGAUGAAAUUUUAGUUAAUACUGAUUGGAAAUUAACAAUUGUUAUACCAGAUCAACAAAGAUCAUGGAUUGGUAAGGCACAUUUUGCUGGUAAGACCCUAGGUAUUAAAUAUCUUUAUACGAAAAUAACAACCCUGGUGAAAAAUAACAAGAUAAAUUCAUUUAUUGGACCUUUUGAAAAACCACAAUUGAAGUAUAAAAAUGAUCCUGAGUAUCAAGAAUGGCAUUUGAUCAAUUCAACUCCUGCUGCUUGUUCGGAUAUUGGUAUUCAUCAUUUAAAUGAUUCAAAACCUAUUGAUUUAGUUAUUAGUGGGCCAAAUUUUGGUAAAAAUUCAUCAAAUUUAUACAUUUUAACUAGUGGAACAGUUGGUGCUGCAAUGGAAGCUGUAACUCAUGGUGUAAAAUCAAUAGCUGUAAGUUUUGCUUUUAAUAAUUUAGAUCAUGAUUAUGAUAUUCUUAAAAAAGCAAGUGAAAUUUCAUUAAAAUUGAUUAAAAAAUUAUAUCCAAUAUUGAAAAGAUCGGAGGAUGUUGAUUUAUUUUCAAUAAAUGUUCCAUUAGUUGAAUCAUUAUUGAAUAAUAACACUAAAAUUCAUUAUGCUCCUAUUCUACAAAAUAGUUGGGGUUCUAUUUAUACAAAAGAUUUUGGUUAUGAUGGUGAUAUUCAAUUUUCAUGGACUCCAGAUUUCAAAAAGGUUUAUAAAGAUGGGUUAAAAGAUCAUUCACAUACAGAUUCAAGAGUUUUAUUAAAUGAAGAGAUAAGUGUGACUCCAUUAAAAGCUCAAUUCCAGUUUAUAGAACCUUUAAUUGGAGAAAUAGACCUUGAUGAAGAAGAUUCUGACAAAACUUUUUUAAUUGACAUACCCAAAGAUCAAUAUAUUUAUGAACCACUAGUGAAAUCAUUCAAAACUCUAGGUUACAAUAUAACAAGCGAUAAAUCUGUUAUACAAGACUCGAAUAUUAAGGUAUUUCAUUAUUGUGAGUAUGAAGACAUUGAUAUAGACUCAAUAACUAAUGAAAAGUAUUUCAUUCCAUCAUAUAUUUAUAGAAAAGCUUUAAUCAGGAAAAACUAUUUGGCAAAUACUAUUCAUCAUUACAUUGUUAAGAAUCCAAAAAGUAUAUUAAACAAAGCCAUACCUGAAACAUAUCAAUUGGAAGUUGAUUACGCUGAAUUUUUAGAUGAUUCAUUAGAUGAAGCUUAUGAAUUAAGAGAUGAAAUUGAGAAAGGAGAUAGAGUAUGGAUUUUGAAACCAAGUAUGUCAGAUAAAGGUCAAGGUAUAAGGAUUUUUAAAACUAUUGAACAAUUACAAAAUAUUUUUAAUUCAUUUGAAGAAGGUGAAGAUAUAGAUACAGAUGCAGAUACAGAGAAUAUAAAUGAGGAUGAUGAAGAUAAUGGGAUCAUUAUAUCACAAUUAAGACAUUUUAUUGUCCAAGAAUAUAAAUCAAAACCAUUAUUAUUAUCUGAAUUUAAUAAUAGAAAAUUUCAUUUACGUGUAUAUAUAAUAUGUCAAGGUGAUUUAAAUGUGUUUGUAUAUAAAAACAUACUUGCUUUAUUUUCAAAGAAAUCAUAUAAAGAACCAAUAGAUGAAAAUGAAAUAAUCCCAAUGGAUGGUCAUUUAACAAAUACUUGUUUACAAGAAAAUGAAACACAAAUUAUAGUUAAACCAUUUUGGAAUUUAAAUAUAAACAGGAAAAAUUAUAUAUUUGAUCAAAUAUGUGAUAUAACUUCAGAUUUAUUUAAAGCUGCUUCUACAGUUGAUAAAAUCAAUUUUCAACCACUUCAAAAUGCAAUUGAGUUCUACGGAGUAGAUUUUUUGGUCAAUAAUGAUUUAUCGGUAAAUUUAUUAGAAGUAAAUGCAUAUCCUGAUUUCAAGCAAACUGGGGAUGACUUGAAGGAUUUAAUUAAUAUUUUAUUCUGUGAAACUGUUGAAAAUAUAAUUGAUCCAAUGAUGAAUAAUGAAGAACCGAAACAAAGUGACAAUUUAAAAAAGGUUUUAUAA